GCCUCACCUCGUACACCCCACUUCUCACAGCAGGAUCAGCCGAACCUCCUCCAAAGCCGGGCGCGCACUAGUAAAACUCUCCAACUACUUUACAUUGAGGAAUUACUCAACCCCGUCCCGGCUGGCUAGGCUGGGAAAAGGCGCUCAGGCCGGGCGGAGAUCGACCCAGACCCUCGCCCACCUUGAAAACCGCUCGUUCUGCCUGCUGGGAAAAACUCCAGCUCGUACCUCUGAUUAUUUUCCUCCUCACUCCUCCUCCACUCCAUACAGCCGAAGCCGGACAUAACUGCCCACGCCCCUCCCUCCGACAAAACUCUCUGCUCGGGGCGAUGGUGCCCUGAGAUGCUGAGUCGUCCUCAUCUUCACUUCCUUCCAUCCUGCUCAAUCACGAACAGACUUUUGCAUAGGUCGUCUGCUGCCUUUCCCAAUCCCCCACGAGGCACGAGGGCCCCGCUAUCCGGCUCAUCCACCUCCAUAGAUAAUAUCCUCUCUUCUGACAAAUCACCUCUCCCCUCGGCCAUCUUCCUGCCUCCCUCACACUCUCCUCGAGACUUCUCAAGAACCGGGAAGAACUUCGUGCAGUUCGUGCAGAGAAGAUCAACCGUUUUGCAAGCGAUCACCGGUGACGGCGACGAGAUGGACGAAUACCGCUUUCCCGACUCCCGCCUCAAGAAGAAGAUGGAUGACCCAGAGAAGACACCUCUUCUGCUUGUUGCUUGCGGCUCCUUCUCUCCCAUUACCUUCCUACACCUGCGCAUGUUCGUCAUGGCUGCCGACUACGUCAAGCACAACACGGACUAUGAGAUGAUCGGCGGGUAUCUGUCUCCUGUGUCCGAUGCAUACAAGAAGCAAGGCCUAGCCCCAGCAGAACAUAGAGUAGCGAUGUGCCAACUUGCAAUCGAUAAAGCUUCCAGCUGGCUCAUGGUCGACCCGUGGGAAGCAGAAAAAAAGGAAUACCAGCCAACUGCAAAGGUAUUGGAUCAUUUCGACCACGAAAUCAAUGUCAUCCGAAAGGGCAUUGACACUGGAAACGGUACCCGGAAACCUGUCAAGAUAUCUCUGCUCGCCGGGGCCGACCUCAUACAGACCAUGUCAACCCCAGGCGUCUGGAGCGAGAAAGAUCUGGAUCACAUUCUCGGAAGAUAUGGUACUUUUAUCAUUGAAAGAUCUGGCACCGAUAUCGACGAGGCCCUGGCCAGUUUGCAAAACUAUCGCGACAAUAUCCACGUUAUCCAGCAACUUAUCCAGAAUGACGUCAGCAGCACAAAGAUAAGACUGUUCUUGCGGAGAGGUAUGAGCGUACAAUACCUUAUCCCGGCACCUGUUGUCGAAUAUAUUGAGCAAAAUCAUCUGUAUAGAGAUGAUGCUCGUUCGUCCAGCACCACCUCCAUCCAGCACGCGGAUAGCGACAAAGGGAAGUCCAAGGAAGUCCCGACAGCCAGCUGAACAUCUGACCCGACAAUUCGCAUAAAUUGUUUGAUGCAAGCAUCUGGCUAAGUUAACAUCCUCGCGGAGAGUCGAGGCAGGCCAGGCCGUGAUGAACAAGGCAGACUGUCUCCCGUGUGCGGGGGCAAAGUACCGCCACAAGAGAGAAUAAAUGAGCACCCUUUGCUGUGGCGAUGAGAAAUCAGCUACAGCCCACGGGCCGGUGCUGGGUUCGUGUUCUGGCGAAUGCAAGGUGCUCUAUUUGCGUGAUGAAAGAGAGGUUUAAGCCUGCCUCAGCAUCACACUUAUCAACGAAGAGACGUCUAGAGUGCGUGGAGUUGGCGCAGCGAGAACAUGAUGGAUUGAGCGAUUGGAAAACUCAAAAGUAUGGCGCCGGCGUUUAUGAAGUGGUUGAACGAUUUGCGCCGGAAAGACGAUAUCCUAGAGAGGUGGCGAGCACAGAGAUUGAGAGACGUCUACGUGAAGCCAUCUGAGCAUGACGGCGGUUCUUCCCACGGAGGACUGGGUGUUGUGAUAGAGGAAGUCUUGACUAAAGGCCAGGAUAGAGAGAGAACAGCGCCAUAUGUCAUGAUACUUUGCACGAUAAGCAAUUACCAGACUACGAGUAUUGGAUAUAUUCUACUGUAACCCGCAUCAACCAGAGGUUUCCCAAGGAUUCCAGGAUACAAUUUGUACUUUGAAAGGCGCAACAUGUACAUUGAAUGAACCUCGCAGCUCUCGCGUGAUAUCCUAC